AUGUGGCUUCAUAGCUAUGAGGCAAAGGAAAUAUCUACAAAUAUUUUGAUUUUGUUUUCUCAAAAACUCUCUUCCAAUCAACACAAGGAGAAACAGAGAAAUCAAAAACGUAGUCUGAGGGAAUUGAACGAGAGAGAACAAAUUGCAUUUCAACGCCAUCAGGUUAUGAUGGACUUUCCACCACUUACAAUGACAUUACCUGAUGAAUGUAAAGCAUUUGUCAUGAAGCAUACGACACUCGUGGCUAACACUUCAAACUUUUUAUCAGUUGAACCCCCUUUGAUAUCGAGGCCAUUUGAUCAUGCAUACGGAAGCUGCUUGGAAGAAGAUGAUAUAAGCAACAUAACUCAGAUAAAUAAUUGGCCUUUUGCAUCUGCUAAAGAAUCUUCCAGCCAAGUCUCAUCUAUUAGAUAUAUUCCAGCCAAACCUGCAUUUAUCAGGUUUAGGCAUCCCAUUGUUUCUAUCUGA